AUGAAGAAAUCAGAGCGACCAAAGGCAUCAAAACGUGAAGAUGGGGUCGAUUUCAUCAGUAACAUGCCGGAUUCUAUUCUUCUAUUGAUUCUUUCACUUCUUUCAUUCACAGAAGAAGUAAUUCAAACCAGCAUUUUGUCCAAACGAUGGAGGUAUUUGUGGACUUCAAUUCCUUCCGUAGAUUUAUUUUACCGAUUUAACGGAGACGACGAGUUCAAAAAAGACGGAUUCAAAGAGUUUGUGUAUUGGGUUUUAGCAAACAGAUCCGUCGAUUUGGAUUGUUUUCGUUUAGGCUGUUUUGAUCACUACACUCUCUCGACAGUAAGGCGGUGGAUUCACAUGGCUGUUACAAAAAACGUCAAACAACUUCACUUGAUGUUUUACCCUGAGGAGGAAACUGACCAUGUCGAGAUCCCCCAUUGUCUUAUGACUUGCUGUUCUUUGGAAAUAUUAGGGUUAAAUUUGAGCUAUCGUGGUCUAAGGUUGACUAAUAUUAUAGGGUUUCCGGCACUUAGGCAUCUUCGUUUGACCUAUGUUGACUUUUUGGGAGGCACCGAUGUGGUAAAAGGUUUUCUGGAAAGCUUCCCUUUGCUUGAGAGCUUGAUUUUAAUAUCCUGCUUCAUGAACGAAUUUGAUCUUCUUUAUAUUUCAUGUCCAAAGCUAAAAUCGCUGAGAAUUGAAAAUGAAAACGAUGAGUUGAUGUGUGACAGCAUUAAGAUUUGUUGCCCUAAACUGGUGGAUUUGGAGUUAAGAGGUCUUUUGGCAAAUAAUUUUUUCGUUGAAUGUUUAGACUCGUUGAAUAAAGCUGAGAUUGAGCCUAAAUUGAUGGGGAACAUCACAUCUGUGUUGUUACCUGGAAUUUCUCAUGUGGAACAUUUGUGGAUCGACCUUUACUUCUUCAGUCAGUGCAUUUAUGCUUCACGUGAUUCGGUUCUACCUAAUCUGAAGACUCUGGUACUAACCACAGGAAUUGAUGCCUUCACCAUGGAUGAACUGAUUCAAAUUCUCAAAUGUUAUCCGAAAGUAGAGUCUCUCAAGUUAAUUGUUAAAGAGGAAUUUUAUGGAUCGGAAGAAUGGGAGUUGCAUGAAGGUGAAGCAAGGAGACUCAUGACUCCAGAUGUGAAAAGGGUUGAGUUUUUUGAAUUUAAGGGAGAAAGGCCAAAAAUUGAUAUCGAUUGGGAUGAAGUUACGUUUAUGGAAAUGGUUUUUAGUUGGGGUACCAAAAGCCAAGUACUUUUAGUAUAGACUAUGAAGGCAAUUGUGAAAGUGAUUACUCUUUUGAAGAACUCAUGUAACAUGGUUUCUUGUAAACCAUAAGUAGUAACUACCUAUUCAUGUAAUGGGGUAACUAGACUUCUUGGUUGGAUUUAGAAUUUUGCUUC